UGAAGUGUUCAUAAUUUUUCUUUUAAACACCCAAAACUGUAUACGGUACCAAAACAAAGACGAACUGUAUGUUGAUACGUGAAAUUCUGGAGGGACGUCGGACAGUAUGGUGCGGUGACAUAAUGAUGUGUGCUGUUAAUCGAAUUAUGUUCUAGAACAUGUAAAACGGGUACAUGAAAGGAGUAUUCUAAAAGCGACUCAUGUAAACACCUUAAUCACAACAUUGUCUUACUCAGAGUAAGUCAACGUAGUCAUUGUUGUCGUCUCCUAAUCGUUUGUUCGCCCUCCAACCUCCAGAGGGUGCACAAGAGAACCGACAUUGCGAAUCUCUCCCACGAAUAACAACUACGCGGAAGUCCAUUGAAAUUCGUCAAUAUCGUAUUUUGACAAUGGUUUGAAGAACCCAGUCGCAGUGUGACGUUUAUCUCCAGCUCCAUCCGUUUACUUUAAUCAGCUAUCAUUAAGCGUGGAGAAGCAGACAUGGCUUCCAAUGGCGGCUCUGUGGUCGGUCUUCUGUCCUAUGAAACACUGGUGCACGCUGUAGCCGGCGCAAUGGGCAGUGUGACGGCAAUGACGGUGUUCUUCCCUCUGGACACAGCCAGAAUUCGACUGCAGGUGGACGAGAGCCGAAAGUCCAAAUCCACUCCUGUCAUUCUGGCUGAGAUUGCAAAAGAGGAGGGCGUAACGUCUCUCUAUCGUGGUUGGUUUCCUGUAAUUUCUAGUCUGUGCUGUUCAAACUUCGUCUACUUCUACACGUUCAAUUCACUGAAGCGGCUGAUGGUCCUGGGAAAAGGGCAGUCUACGCCUGGCAAAGAUCUUGUCAUGGGCUUCAUUGCAGGGACUGUGAACGUGCUCCUGACUACACCCAUGUGGGUGGUGAACACUCGGCUGAAGCUUCAGGGAGCAAAAUUUCGGAACGAAGAUCUCCACCAGACCCACUACAAGGGCAUUUUUGACACUUUCUACCAGAUCAUAGCUGAUGAGGGUGUAGGGGCGCUGUGGAACGGCACGCUCCCGUCCCUGCUGCUGGUGUUCAACCCUGCGGUGCAGUUCAUGUUCUAUGAGGCCAUGAAGAGGAGGGCAGGGCGAGCUGGACGCAAGAUUUCCUCACUUGAAAUCUUUCUCAUCGGUGCCAUUGCCAAGGCUAUCGCAACGACGGCCACUUAUCCACUGCAGACCGUCCAGUCCAUUCUGAGGUUUGGUCAACACAAAUCACAAGCAAAGGGCGGUUUACUGGGCAGCGUGCGCAAUGUGGUCAAUUUACUACUGGACAGAAUCAAGCGCAGUGGAGUUCCUGGCCUUUACAAAGGUCUGGAGGCGAAGCUUCUUCAGACAGUGCUGACAGCAGCUCUCAUGUUCAUGGUGUAUGAGAAGAUCGCUGCAGUCACCUUCAAACUGAUGGGCCUCAAUAAGAAGCUGAAGCAUUAACAACAGUUAAGCCUUAAAACUAACCAGAGUCAGCCUGCUUCUUUUGUUAAAGUCUACAAUGCCGGAUCUUAGCAUUCAUCUUUUUACCAGGGUAUGGGCUCAAUAAUUGCAAAGAUUCACUCAAAUGCAUUUUAAUUUUUUAAAUAAAUUUCAGUGGUCAUGUUCACUGUCAGAUUUUAACAAUGAUGUAAAAAGCCUAUUUGGAGAGCUCUUUUUAACUUAUAAUUCUUAAUUCUGUAUAGGAAACAUUGUAUGAUAUACUGUAUGAUGUACAGAAACUAUCAUUUAUCUUGCUAUAAUUUCUAUUAAUGUCUUACUUUAUUUAAUUUUCUUUAAGUAGUCAGCUACAGUCUCCUCUGAAAGUAUUGGAACAGCAAGGUCAAUUCAUUUGUUUGUGCUGUACACCAAAGACAUUUGGGUUUGAGAUCAAAAGAUGAAUGUGAGAUGAGAGUUUAGGAUUUCAGAUUUUAUUUCCUGGUAUUUACAUCUAGAUCUGUCAAACGUAAAACAUAGAACCUUUUGUAUCAGACCAUCCGAUUUUUAGGUGAGCAAAAGUAUAGGACUUCACCAGUCUAAACCCUUCCAUCCCCCCCCCCUGAUAAAGUCCUUUGUUGUGGUACCAAUGUGUUUUGUAUGGUGCAUGAUGAAGUUCCUCCGGAUUCAUUUGGAUGCAUUUCUCUGUAAAUUGGAAGACAAAAUGUUCCUGUAAACUUCUGAAUUAAAUUCUGUUGCUUGAGAGUUACAGCAUCAAUAAAGGUUAGUGAGCCCGUUCCAGAAGCAGCCAUACAAGCCCAAGCCAUGACACUACCUCCACCAUGUUUCACAGAUGAGCUUGUAUGUUUUGGAUCAUGAGCAGAUACUUACUUUCUCCACACUGUGGUCUUUCUAUCACUUUGGUAGAGGUUAAUCUUGGUUCCAGAACUUUUGUGGCUCAUCUCUGUAAUUCUUUGUGAAUUCCAAUCUGGCUUUCUGAUUCUUACUGCUGAUGAGUGGUUUGCAUCUUGUGGUAUGGCCUCAUAUUUCUGCUCUGUAAGUCUUUUUCGAAUGGUGGAUUGUGAUACCUUCACCCCUGCGGAGGUUGUUGGUGAUGUCAUUUUUGUUUUUGGG